GCCAUUUUCUGGCGUGACCCAUUAUAUUCAGGAAUAACAAGUAAUAUAUCUGCAAAGCCACUGAUAAGCGGAUCGAUCUUUGGUUGUUAAUUAAAUGUGCCAAGGCGCUGGGCUCUACGCACUCACUCACGCGGAGCCGCACUCACGCGGAGCCCGCGCACCCGGAUGCCAAACAGGGGUCAAACAGAAGUCAGCUGGCAGCGGCUUGGAGUCCUGCUUUUUCUCAAGCAGAUUUCUUCCAGCACGCCAUUAAAGAGGCUGAACAUAUGGUUUGCGGAGCUGUCGUUUCGGGGACAAAGUUCUUCUUUCACAGCGGCGGGAGGUGGAAGUGACUGGAAUCCCUGUUACGUGGGACGGAUCGGCCCGCUCGAGGACACACAGCUGAGGAUUGGGAGGGUUGAAAGGGAGAUAGAGCUCCCGGUGCCCUCUGUCGCCUGGCCAUGCGGGGGGCUGCCAGCCUUAGAGCCCUGGAGCCUAGGGGGCGGAGGCACGGGGCGGAGCUAAACUGCUGGGCUGCACCAGAGCGAAACAGCAUGGACGCAGCCAGCCAGGUGCCUGCGGAAGUCGAGCUCCCCAAGCACAUCCUGGACAUCUGGGUCAUUGUCCUCAUCAUCCUGGCCACCAUUGUCAUCAUGACCUCCUUGCUGCUGUGCCCGGCCACCGCAGUCAUCAUCUAUCGCAUGCGGGCUCAUCCUGUCCUCAAUGGGGCCGCCUGAGGUCUACCCAAGAGGGGCGGGGGCGGGGGAGGGCAGCGCCCCCUCCCCCGGGACUCUUGCCCUCUCAGAACAGCAGCAGGAGGGACUUUGGAGUAUAGAUUCUGGAGCUUGACAUGUGAGGGGAGGCCCAAGUUCUGUUUUGGUUCUUCCAGUGGCCAGCUGUGUGAGUUCCGCCAGGGGACCUGAAUCCAUGAGUUCCAAGUCCCUCAUCUUCCAGAUGGGGAUUGGGACCCCUGCCCUUUCUACCUCAGAGGGUCGUGGGAACCCAGGACUUGGAGGAGGCCCAAGCUGUCUGGGAGCAGACACACAGAUGGUAUUGCUGAGUGCCGGGAAGCUCCGAAGAACCGAAGAACCUGACGGCUGACGCUGGCCUUCAAGGUGGCGAGGGAGACGCUCAGGGCACAGCGGCCCUUGUCGGUGCCCCUCUGGUCACACCACUCAGAGGCACCCUGUCCUCCUUCCAAGGGGCCAUCAGCACACUGGUUCAAAGCUAUUUUCUUCGAGGUGCCAUUCCCUCGAGUUUUCUAAUCUGGGAGGGAAUUAACUAUGCGGGGGAGAUGGGUGGAACUUUCUAGGACCUUCUCUGUGCCAGAGUCUGCCCCUGUGCAGUCUGGAGGGGGCCUCUGCCGUUUCUUGGCAAUGCCGAGGGAGCUGGGGCAACUCUGUCAUUCUGCUCUGGACUCGAGUAGCUUUGACACUCUGGCAGUGUUGGAAAACGCAGAGUGGCUGAGCUCCCUGGCCAGCUUUCAGAGUCCCCAGCCCUCUCCCUUUGUGUGCCCCACACCAGGGAGCUCUGUCCCUCCGCCCCAGCUCCUGCUACGAUUCACUCCAGGUGUCACUCCAGGUGUGGCCUGCACCCCCUUCACUCCCUCCCACUGGCACUGCAACCCAUCCAAGGCACAGCCUUACAGCGUAAGAGGUGUUCCCAGGACUUUUGAAACCAACCCAAAACAAUGAUGGUUCUUUAGAUGCUAUGACUUAUAUUUAUAUAGAGAGAUUUCUGGACCACUCAAGCUCUUUGACCCAAAUCAGGAGCAUCUUGGGGUGUAUUAAAUUAUGUAAGAAGAUAGCACAGAUAUCAGGACACCAUAGUGUGUAAAUGAGGCUUUUACUCUGAUAUGAUCUCAUUGAUGUACACAACCAAUUAACAAUAAAGUGCUGGAACAAGCA